GUUAAACAUAACGUGUGUAUAUGGUGUGUAUAACCUCAAUUCAGAUUCCGCUCAAUGUCUUAUUAAACAGUCUUAAACGAAAGCGAAAGACAACAAAUAAUAAUCUACCAAGCAAAGGCUAACAGCAUGUUUACAGUUUACAUGUUUAUUAGAAUUGUAUCAGUUUAGGAUUUGCUGGAAAUGUGUACAUUUAUUUUAAAAUUUAGUUUUCAUGAAAAAAGAGCAAAACAGCAUAAUAGGACUGAAUCAGUGUAGGAGGAAAAAAGGAAAGGUGUAUAGAUAUUUACAUCAUUUGAGUCUACGUAGAAAUAUUUACCAUGGAUGAAGAAAAGGAAAAAAUUAGAAAAACCAUUUCAAGUAUUUUACUGUCAACCCCUUUAACUUUAACAAUUGGUCAACUGAUCAAAGACUACAGAGAUGCCAUUGGCACUAAUAUUCCUUUUCAAAAGUUUGGCUACAAAUCUGUUGAGCAGUUUCUACGUUCCAUUUCGGCAUUUGAGAUUUAUGGACAAGGCAGUGGUGCACAAAUUAAAGCAAAAGUGACUUCAAAAGCGGCACAUAUCGACAAACUCGUAGUUCGACAAAAGUAUAAUGUGCCAAAAACAAGGAAGAAGAUUUCAAGACCAGCAAUUCGAAGGUAUCAGGCCACACCUUUGCCUGUUGAGCAACCCAACUUUUCUUCAAAUUCUUCAUCUCGGACUUCUCAGCAUCAAAAUGUUCUUUCCCCAUCAGUGCAAGAAAAAGAAGAUUUACCAUCUACCUUUUCAGAACAACAGUAUCAAUCAGUGACACAAUCUGAAACUAUAAAUCAACAAAAUUUAUACAAAAAACAAAAUCAUCAAAACGUAUCUCCACCACAUAGAGAAAAUGCUUUUUCAUUUCCAUGCUCAUCACGUGCUAAUCCUAUUCAGGGUAUUAAUCUACCUCCUUACUUGGAAACUUCUCAAUCAAAAUCAAAAUUUAGAACAAACAAACCUAAAUUCGUCCCGCCACAAAUAGAAAAGAGAUGCAAUAGUAAUUUACUUAAUAAAUCUAAUACCGAAAUUGAAAACCAGUGGCAAAGUACAGCAUCUAAAAAUUCCGAAGUCACGGAAUUAUCGAGUACUUCAGGUAACGUUUGUUUAGAAAAUUAUUUUUCUUCCCUUUCGGAUGAUAUCAAAACGACAGCGAAAGGAGCUGCAGCAAAUUUAUCAUCAAAAUCUAUCUCUCUCGAUGAUGUUUUCGUUAGUGACAGUGAAGACGAGGAUUAUAUAAAUUACAAAGUACCUGCUGAAGUGCAGCAAAAUUUAUGUAUUCUUAUAAAGAAUUAUCAAGAUGGUUUAUGGUGCAAUGAACUUCCUAAUGCUUACAAGAGAAGGUUCAGAAAAACAUUAGAUUAUAUGGAUUAUGGUUACAAGACUUUGAUGGCUCUUUGUAUGGAUUUGGAUAGGAUAUUUCAUUGUAUAAGACCUGACAGGGGAGACAUAAAGCUAUAUGACAAAAGCAAACCAUUACCCUUAAACGCUGCAAAUAGUUUACAUUUUACAGAUCUGUUGAAAAAUACAGAAAUGGUGGAUUAUCCAAAAGAUAAUGCGUUGCCAGAUGUAUCAGAUGUUAUAAUGUACAGAAAACAAAGCGAACUGCCCCCUGACGUGGUACAUUUAUUUGAAGAAUUACCACGACAGUGGAUUUCCGAAGACAUAAAACUAAUGAGUUUUAUUGAUAUAGAUGUGGGCGAAAUCUAUGAUCCUUCAAAAUUUUGGAUUAUACUUAGGGGGCCAGAAACUUCCCAAAAACUCGAUGCCAUGAUGGAUGAAAUGCAAGAAUUUUACACUGCCCACAGAGAGUUGCAGAUACCAGAAAAAAAACUUGAGUUAGGACUUUACUGCGCAGCUUUGAUUUUAGGCGAAUAUCACCGGGGAAUUAUCACACACCUUAUGCCCCAUGUAGAAGGUCAAGUUAAGGUAUUUUUCGUAGAUUAUGGAACAGUGUCGCCUAUUUUUACUAAAGAUAUUUGCUACUUGCAUCGUAAAUUUUUCGUCCUUCCUCAGCAAGCAAUUAGAGCUCGAUUGGCCAAUAUAUACCCUCCCACUGAAAAGAUGCAAUGGUCAAGACAAUCUGCCUCUGCUUUCCUUGAAAUGGUCUUCCAAAAGUCAAUGGUGGCUCAAAUAUACAAAAUUGAUGAAAAGCGAAAAGCACUGGAACUGUUCAUAGCAGACACUACGGGGGAUGAAGACUAUUACGUAAAUGAUAGACUGACAGAAUUGGGGCACGCGAUAUUUACUUAUCAGGAACAAAUACCUGUCGAACUUCCGCCUAAUGAGGAGCCAAAUGUUCGCUUUAUUCACCUAUUUCCUUCUUUUGAUGAACUAGAACAAGGUUUAGUACCUACAGCAACCCAAAUGGAACGGAUGUUAGAAACAGGUGUCGAACUACAUCAUAUUUAUCCAUGGUACUACAAAAAAUCUAUUGAUCUAGAAGAUUUUGCUGAAUGGCCUAAAACCAUCCCAGAAAAACGUGAAAGUACAACAAACAUUUCCCGUUACAUGAAAUUGGCUACUGAAGGAGGCGAGGAAGAAGAUUUGAUGAAUUUUGCAGCUAAUCAACAAUUUUUGAACAAUCAUCCGGAGCCUUUGAUUGAUUUGAUGUCUAGUUACGAUUGUGGGACAAAUUCUUAUGAAAAUAUCGUGAAUGCAACAUCUUCGUAUAAUUUUCCUGUGUUAACUCCAGAAGUUUUGUCAACCAAAGUAGAAAACAAUUACAACACAAACUCCUCCUUUAGCAAAAUGAACACUGAAGUGUCGGAAUCGUCAAAUUUCGACUUCAAAAGUGAUAAUAGAAAACUACCUCAUUUUGACAGUAAUUUAGAUGAAAUUAAAAAACAAACGGAAGCGGAUAGUUUUUCAAAUAAAUUUGAAAACAGCUUUGCAUUCGGAGCUUUUGCAUACAAUACAAAUUUAACUACUUCUAUUGAAAGUCAUUUAGAUGCUGUUAAAAACGAAACCAAAGCAGAUAAUCUUUCUUUUACCAAUUCAUUAGAUGUACACAAGGACAACUUUUUAACUGGAGAGCCUUUAUAUAAAUUAACUACUUCUUAUAGUAAUUUACAGAAAAAUGACAAGAAAGAAAACGCUGGAUUGACUGAUUUGUCUUCAACUUUUAAUUCCAGUGAAAAAAAUAAAAGCCCAGAAUCAUGUAACGAUAGUUUGAAAAUUAAACUGGUAUCACCAAAAUUAGACAAAUCGAAAAAGAAAAAGAAAUCUGGAAAGAAAACUGAAAAUAAUGUUUGUCAAACGAACACUACUGAAAAUACAUGCAGUGAAUCAAGUAUUACCCUCCCCAAAAUAAUCCGACCACCUCCAGGAUUCGAAGGAAAUCUUAAUGUUACCAGUAACAACACGCAAAAUGUAAUUCCCAGUGUACAGCAGAAUUUCAUUAACGUUUAUUUAGGAAACUUACAACCAGCAUUGUCUGCAACUGUGCCUACCUUUUACCCCUGUAACUUUGGUCCAAUGGGUGUCGCUCCUAAUCUUUUACAGCAACAAGUAUUGCUGCAGGGGAUGUUACAGAAUCAAAUGAUCAUUGAAAAUUUUCAGCGUCAGCAACAGAUGAUUAUGCAGCAAGAGCAAAAUAAAAACAUUGUAGCUGACCAGAUGGCACUUCUGCAGCAAAUGGCAUCACAAUUAAAUUUGAGUAGUGAUAAAGACAAUUGUAAAGUGAUAACAACACACAAAAAAAUGGUAAUGAAAAUUGACUUUUAUAAGAAAACCCUCCAUCUAAUAAGGUACACAAAUGAAAUUUACUGUAGUGUUCAAGAAGUGCAAAAAGUAUUUUUUGGUGAUAAGUGGCCUAUUAUAAAGCUUAAACGUCACAUUGCUGUCACGAACCCCUCAAUACGAAUCGAUAACUUUCAUAAAAAUGAAUGUAUCGAACUGACGCAGGAACUGUUACAAGCCAAUGUUGUAACUGAAGAGGAGAUGUCUGCUUCAAUGUGUUUAUUACACUUGGUUACUUUUAAGGACUUACCAAACCUUAUAAAUACAGUGAGCCAUUCAAAGUUGGAGUUUCCGAAUUUCGAUAAGUAUUUAAUGAAAUAUGAUUAUAACAGCGAAGCUUGGUUAUGAUCUUUUCUCAUUCGAGUUUGUUUUUAAAUGGUGAUAUUAUUUUUUAGUUUUUAGAAUUUGUGUUUUAUUCAAAUUUUUAUUACUUAAAGUGGAAAAUUAAUUUUUAGAUAUAAGUAACGCUAAUUUAAUUACUACGUGUUAAAAUGAAAUUUGUUUAUGAUAAACUUGUAUACGAAUUUAAAAACUUACAAGGAGUUUAUUUGUUAAAUAAUCAUUUUUUUAAUGGUUAAAGUCAAUGCAGUUUUAUGGAAUUGCUUUUAUAUAAAAGUUUCUUUCCUUCUUGGCAUAGAUCCGAUUUGUAUGAUAUACAAAAUAAACGGACAAAAUAAUUCUAAAA